AUGAUGAUAGAGUCUUGGAAUCCUCCUCUCUUACAUGACUACUCUAAGCUUUCACGACUUAACAAUGGUGGGGCAAGCCUCAGCGCGAAACUGAUGAUGGAAGAAUGUGAACUUCCGCUGAUAGAUCUCAGCUGUCUGAAAAGUAAAGAUGAGAGACAAAAGAUUAGUUGCGAAAAUGCCAUAGCCAAGGCUUCAUCUGAAUGGGGUUUUUUUCAAGUUGUGAACCAUGGUGUGAGUCUUGAAUUACUCAGGAAAAUGAGGAGAGAACAAAUGAAGUUAUUUAAGGCACCUUUUCAAAUGAAAGCUAAUUGUGGGAUUUUAAAUAAUUCUUAUAGAUGGGGAAAUUCAACAGCUACUUGUCCUAACCAAUUUUCUUGGUCAGAAGCUUUUCAUAUUCCUUUAACAAAGAUUUCAGAAGCUGAUUGUUAUGGAGAGUUCACAACUUUAAG